AUGCACACGACACGGGCGGCAAGAGCCGUUGCGCAGAGCAGCCGUGCUCCAGCGCCGAGGAGGACUCUCACAGCAGGGUCAAGAUGUGCACGCGGCAAUGCGUCCCUACCAUCAUCGACACUUGUCACAACCUCAUCACCAACACAUACCUCAUAUGACCCGACCGCAGCACUGAGGCGGCAGCAGCAACUCUUCAGCGCUGUUCGUUUCCUCCAUCAGUCGCAUUACCUCCUCAAAGCACAGCAGUCAAGACAAAAGCCACCAGCGUCCAAACCAGCACCCACACCCCCGGCGGCUGCAAAGCCACAACCGCCAGCAUCCAAACCUCCAUCCACAACGUCCACCACUCAGCCACCAAAAGAACCAGUCGAACCCAGCACCAACACCUCGCUCACCCCCUCCACCUCCUCCGAACCAGCCACGACCACCGACCCUGCUCCCACCAAAACCCUCGCCGAAAAAGCCAAAGAGCUGUGGGCAACCGCCAAGUACCUGUUCAAAUUCUACUUCAACGGUGUCAAGCAGAUUUGGGCGAAUCGUACCUCUGUCAACCUCAUCCAAUCCCGCAUCUCUUCCGGCGGCUCACCUUUGACACGGGAGGAGUCGCAGUUGAUCCGUACGCACGCGUCAGACAUGCGCAAGCUGCCGCUGUUUCUGUUCAUCCUGUUGAUCUUGGAGGAGGCGUUGCCGUUGGUGGUGAUUUGGGCGCCUUCGUUGUUGCCGAGCACGUGUAUCUUGCCGAACCAGUUGGUGAAGAUUCGGAUGGGCGAGGAGGUGAAGCGCGCGGAGGCGUGGAGGGCACUUAAGGGGUCGGAGGGGUUGCAACCCCUUCUACCGGUUGUGGAGGAGUCACAAGGGGGCGCUUCGCUCAGGGAGGCGCACCGGGAGGGAGGGGAUGUACUUAAGGGUCUUUCCGCGGAGGACCUGGCCAAGCUCGGCAAGGUGUUUAGCCUCUCCACAUGGGGUGGUGCAGCGAUGGUGCGACGCAGACUCGAUGCGCACCUUGCCUACCUCCGCUCGGACGAUGCACUUAUGUCUUCCGACGGGGCUUACGCAAUCCCUCAGCACGUCGAUGCGCUAGCCAAGGCGUGCGGAGAGCGCGGACUCCGCAGCACGGGAAUCGACCAUCGCGAGAUGUACGAAUCCCUCUGCACCUGGCUCCGCUACACCACGCGCAAUCCCGAGACCAAGACUCUCUCGGACACCAGCCUGGCACUGCUCCCGCUGCAGCUGUACAACGAUGUCGCGCUGCAGGAGGUCAAGAGCGAGAUCGAGGCCGAGUCCGCCAGAGGUCUCAUUGCCAAGACCAAGGAUGUGCUCAGGGAGGUGGUCGAGGAGGAAAAGAAGGUCGUAGGGAGGGAGGAGAAGUCCAAAGAGGAGGUUAGACGCAAGGAACAACAGCAAAAGCAAUAG